AUGCUGCUGUGUCGCGUUGUGCUGGCCCUGCUGCUGCUGGUACUUCUACACUACAGCCAGGCCGAGGAGGAGCCUCCACCAGGGCAUACAGUGCCCUUAGUGGAAAAGCUGGCCAUGGCAGCGGGAACAGAAUCGGGAUCAGCGAGAGCUAUCUCCAGUGAUGCCUACAUAGCCCGGAAUCAGAGGCAGUGCUUCGAGACCCGCAGCCUGGUGUCCUGCAUCAAGUACAAGGCCAGCAAGCUCAUUUGGAAACUGGCAACCAACAGCCUAGGUUUCUUCCCCAACGAAUACGGACGCGACAAAGGCCGCUGGCUAAGAAUGGUCCAACUGGGAGAACCGGCCAACGAGGUGGUUGUGUUCAACGACGCCAAGAGCUUAGAAGGUGACAGCGAGCUGACGCUGAUGUUCAAGUUCCUCAAGAGAGCCCUGGAGACCUUUGGACGAAACCAUGGACUGCAGCUAUCACUCUCCAGCGAAACUGGAGCACGCGUAAUGGACGAGUCUGAGGCUCGACUGAAGCGCAAGAAGAAGAAGUGGCUCAUCAUUCUGCCUUUGGUCAUCCUAAUGAAGAUUGCCCAUUUGAAGAUGACACUGGUGAGCAUGCUCAUGGCAGUUCUGGGCAUGAAUGUCCUGCUUGUGGGCGGCGUUGGAUGGCUGAUCCACUACCUGAAGUUCAAGACCAUGUGCAAGAUCCACCCGCACCUGGUGCAGACACACUCACACGUCUACGACUCGGACCCCGGAGACUAUUCCCAGUUUGUGGGGAGCAGCAGUUACUCAAACUCGUAUACACCCUACAGCUCCGGAUCUGGGGCUCCCCACGAGCUGGGUGGCAGUAGUUAUAGCAAGGACUGGGCCACGAGUAAGGCCUACAAUGGAUACAACUACCUGGACACGAUCAGCAAGAGGAUACAGUAG